AACACAUUUAUCUUGUGAUUAAAACUCGUAGUUUGAUUCAAUUACAACCUGUGGUCUCUUUGUUCGUCGAAUAAUCAUACGAAGUACAAUGGAUAAAUCUGAACUCCCACACGUUAAUUUCAAGGAUGAAGAAGUCACUGUUCUCAGUGACAAUAAUGGCAACAGCGUGAAUGUCAUUGAAUAUGAUGGAUACUAUCUGUCAAAGAAGGCAAUAGAGAAGGAACGUAUUGCAGACCAUCGAAUUAAUAUACCAAAUAUAAUCAAAAUGCAUAUCAGACCAGACGAUGUAUUCUUGGUAGCUUACCCAAAAGCCGGUACGCACUGGACAUGGGAAAUUACUACCAUGUUGAAGCAGGACGGCAAAGAACAAAAUCUACCCAAAGAAGUAGCAAUGCUUCCAUUUGAAACACCAGAAAAAAUUGACGAGCUACCAUCACCCAGACUUAUAAACAGCCAUUGUUGUUUUAAACACUUACCACAAGAAAUACUGGAGAAGAAAAAUAAGAUUAUAUUUGUAAACCGUAAUCCAAAAGAUGUCGCUGUAUCCUUCUUCCAUCAUUGCCAACAUGCUGUUGAUUAUAAGGGGACAUUUAGUCAGUUUUUAGAUUUCUUCAUGUCGGAAAAAGUUUAUCACUGCGCAUGGUACAAAUACGUGCUGGACUGGGAAAGGGUAUUCAAACAACACCCAGAGCUUCAAGUAUUGUAUGUCAACUACGAAGAUUUACACACGGACCCAAUGAGAGAAACAGAUCGAAUAGCCACCUUUUUGGACGUUCGAAAGUCUGAAGAGUUUUACAGUAAAGUAUUAGAAAAGUGUUCCUUUUCUGAACUUAAACAGUCAUAUAAAAAACGGAACAACAUGGACUUUAUGUUUAGGAAAGGUGCAGUUGGUGACUGGAAGAAUUGGUUUACUGUAACAGACAACGAAAGAUUUGAGAACUAUUUGAAAGAAAAAUUAUCCAAUCCUUUUGUGAAAUUUACUUACUGUUUAUGAUUCUUUUUAUGUUUAUUACAUUUUUGUACGUUAGUAAAUCCAAUUACUGAAGUAACUUAGAAAUGAGACGAUCUGGUAUGAUUGUCAAUGAGACAACUAUCAACCAGAGACCAAAUUUCGUAGAUGUAAGCAAUUAUAGGUCAUCGUACGGCUUUCAACAAUGAUUAAAACGCAUUCAUUAAAAUAACUAUAAAAUAUCAACCACUAAUUCUGAAUUAGUGGAAAUAUAAUGGACUGUCUAUCAUAAAUGUUGUGCAUUAAAUAUUCAUUUCAAUCAUAAUUGGUCACAUGUUUUACUAUCAACAGUGGUCACUGAUAAUAUAUAUAUAUAUAUAUAUAUAUAUAUAUAUAUAUAUAUAUAUAUAUAUAUAUAUAUCAGUGACCGCUGAGGAUAAUAAACUAACAAUUGAUAGUAACUAGUAAACAUAUGUUACUUCUACUAUAUCUAUGUAAAUCUAACCAUAGAUAUUCUGUGGUCUAACAUAGAACACGCGGAAAUAACUGAAAUUAAAAGAAAAAAAUAACGCAUUAUGGGGAAAAAGGGGGAAGGCAAAGAAAAAAUGUCCUCUACCCAAAUAACUAUGAUGCCAACAACACGUGUUUCUGGAUAUUUUCAAGACUCAAUUUUUAUAAAUGAAAUUCAUAAUACAUAAGAAAUUAUCAAACAAAAGGACCAAAACUUUCUAUAAAGUCAACCUUGCCGGAGGGAGUUACAACAUUAGUGUUAGGAAAAUUUCAUUGUGAAUUUAGAAUAAAAAUGUGGCAUUCACCAGCAAUUGCAUUGUACUUUUUAAGAACUUGCUGCUACAAUUUCUCAUGAUAAUCUUCAUAAAUAAUUGUGACAAACGUGACUUUCAUUGAGGGUUUUUUUCCUUUUGGCUCCUUCUUGUACAUUUCUGAGUCGGCCAGAUACGCGGUUAUUAGUGCGGGGUGACAUGAUUAUAGCAUUUCAAGGAGAUGAAGAAUGAACGAUAAUGAGACAGCAAACAAACGAUAAAAAUAAUUUAAAGACCAUUAGAGAGCUACAUACAAGUUUCUUUAGAAUAUGUCAAGCUCUAAAUCGUCCCGGGUCCAUACAAAUAUGACUUUGACCUAUAAUGGUUUACUUUUACAAAUUGUGACUUAGAUGGAGAGUUGUCUCAUUGGCACUCAUACCACAUCUUCUCAUAUCUAUUGAAUUCAGUAACUGCACGAGUUCUUGUCAUGUGGUUGUUCCAAGGCAGAAAAUUCAAUGGUUGUAUUUAAAAAAUGAAAACAACACGUUAUAAAAGAGGGACGAAAGAUACCAGAGGGACAGUCAAACUCAUAGAUCGAAAACAAACUGACAACGCCAUGGCCAAAAAUAAAAAGACAAACAGACAAAUAAUAGUACAGAUGACACAACAUAGAAAACCAAAGACUAAGCAACACGAACCCCACCAAAAACUGGGGGUGAUCUCAGGUGCUCCGGAAUGUCAUAAAUGUCAUGCUUCCGAAGCGCUUUUCUGCAUUUACCUUCAUCAGGACGCUCAAAGCCGAAUAUUUGAAAGCCAAGGAUCUAUAAGGACCUAAAACGUUGAAGAGCUAUAAACCAAAAAGGACCUAAAAAAAUUACCAAAACUGUGCCUGAGGGAGUUGAAACCUUAGUUUCUGUAUAAUUUCAAAAUUUAUAAACGGGCAAUUUUAGAUAGUCUGUUAAAAAUCAUGUCAGUACCGAAGUACUGACUACUGAGCUGAUGAUACCCUCGGAGACUGAUAGUCCACCAGCAGAGGUAUCGACUCAGUGCUGUUAAAAAAUGAAAACAACACGUUAUAAAUUUCAUGCGUCAGAAGCGCUUUUCUGGAUUUACCUUCAUCAGGAACGCUCAAAGCCGAAUAUUUGAAAGCCAAGGAUGUGUAAGGACCGAAAACGUUGAAGAGCUAUUAACCAAAAAGAUACUUCGGGGGUUUUAUGUUGAUUGUAGACCUUUGAUAGGGAUAAUCUCUGUUAAACUUAUUCACAAUAUUUUCAAGACUAGGGCUAUUUGUAUCUCGGGAGGGAUUGUGGUUGAUUUUUAUAUGAUGAAGACAUAAUCUUUCGAUCAGUUUAAUCGAUGCCUAGAGCUGGCAUGUCAGUAACUGCUAGUAGUCCUUUGUUUAUUAAAUAAUAUGAGCUGCGUCGGAUAGAAAUCGACCUUAUGCAAGUACACGUAUACAUGUACAUGUAUAAGACUUUGAUUGAUGUCAGAAUAUUCAAAUACGAAAUAAAAGAUGAUUUUGGGUCUGUUUUGUAGGGUUCUUAUAUCAACUCAAUUUUCAAACAGUUACAGACUUUGCAUAGAGAUUUUUUCAACCCGAAAUAAGUUAACA